AUGUCGGUUCACUCGCACUUUGAGAACGUUCAGCAGAAGCUUGGCCAUCUCGGCCAGUCUUUGAUGGCUACGGCUACUUCGAUGGGUCAUGCUGCCCAUGCUGCCUCGACGCGCAAGCACUACUCGAGCCAGGAGCUCAUGCAGAUGGAGAGCGACUACAGUGCGCACAACUACCACCCUCUGCCUGUGGUCCUGGACCGCGCCCUUGGUGCCCGUGUGUGGGACCCUGAAGGCAAGGAGUACCUUGAUUUCCUGUCUGCUUACUCGGCUGUGAACCAGGGCCACUGCCACCCUGUAGUUGUUGGCACUCUUGUGGCUCAGGCGCAAAAGCUUACGCUCUCUUCGCGUGCUUUCUACAACUCGGUGUUCGCUCAGUUCGCUAAGCGUGUGAACGAGAUCUUCAAGUACGACAUGGUCCUGCCGAUGAACACUGGUGCGGAGGCUGUGGAGACGGCUAUGAAGCUGGCACGCAAGUGGGCGUACGAGAAGAAGGGUGUGCCUGAAGACAAGGCUCGUAUCCUUAGCGCUACGGGCAACUUCCACGGCCGUACGAUCGGUGUGAUUAGUAUGAGCACCGACCCUGACAGCCGCAACGGUUUCGGCCCCAUGCUCGACCGUGUCGGCCCCCGGGUCGGCGAUGUGACUAUCCGCUACAACCAUAUCGAGGACAUCAAGGCUGCUCUCGAGAAGUACGGCAAUGAGACGGCUGCUGUACUGCUCGAGCCGAUCCAGGGUGAGGCUGGUAUCAUUGUGCCGGAUGACAACUACUUCCCUCAGGUCGCCGAGCUUUGCAAGAAGCACAAUGUGCUUUUGAUCUGUGAUGAGAUCCAGACAGGUCUCGGCCGUACUGGUCGUAUGCUCUGCUGCGAGCACUACGGUAUUCGUCCUGACAUUGUGACUCUCGGCAAGGCCCUGAGUGCUGGUGUCUACCCUGUCAGCGCCGUGCUGGCCGACAAGGAUGUCAUGCUCUGCAUCAAGGCUGGUGAGCAUGGUAGCACCUACGGUGGUAACCCGCUUGGUUCUGCUGUGGCUAUUACUGCUCUGGAUGUACUUAUCAACGAGAAGCUUUGUGAGCGUGCUGAAAAGCUGGGCGAGAGCUUCCGCACUCAGCUCAAGAACAUCAAGAGCCCACUCCUCACUACGGUGCGUGGUAAGGGUCUGCUCAACGCUAUCGUCAUUGACGAGACGAAGAGCACCAAGGGCCGUACUGCUUGGGACCUCUGCUUGCUCCUGAAGGAGAAGGGUCUGCUGGCCAAGCCGACACACCAGAACAUCAUUCGUCUCGCUCCGCCGCUGGUCAUCUCUGAAGACGAGAUGAAGCGUGGUAUCAAUAUUAUUGAGGAGGCGCUCAAUGAGCUCGACAAGGUGGACACCAUCCCCGGUGCAGAGGCCCAUUAA